GCAGGCAGGAUUGUCUGAGCCAGCCGUAGUCAGUCGUGCGCUUGUGUCCGUUGCAGUAGUGUCUACGUCAGUGGAAAAUCAAAAGACUGUCUCCCGAGGAACUGAGGAUCUUGUAGGAAACAGUGACUCAGUGUAGUGUUGUAAAAUGUGAGUGAGUGGUUUGGACAUUAAAUAUAUCUAUCAGCUGUAGUUUAGUGAAGUGCGAUGGAGAAGAUCGAGAAGCCGCUGGCGGCGCCGCCGAAGAAUAAGCCGAAGCAACUGACGACUCCGGUCCCUCCGCCACCUCUGCCACCCCUCCCGGAGAAGCCGCCGGGUGGCCUUGUGGCAAAGAGUCCCGCAGACUCUCCUUCCGGCGGGUUAUCGAGCACCCUUCAGUCACGAGGAAGCGAAGAGACCGCUCAAACACGACGGGAUGAAGGUGCCAUGAGAGUCCUCACCUACGGAGGACUCCAGAUGCUCUGCGGCUUGCUCAUGUUGGUUUUCGGGAUCCUCACUUUGGUCCACAGAUCGGCGAUGGGUCGAUACGGUGCCGGUCUCUGGGGUGGAGGAGCCGCCAUGGGGACCGGUCUGGCGGGAGUGAUGGCCGGUCUCAGGGGAUACUACAACCCCGGGGUACCCCUGAGCACCACCGGUACCACCGUGUACCUUGCCCUCUGUCUCGUCAGUGUCGCUGUCACCAGCCUAGCUCUCGUCAUCACCAGCACGGGACUACUCAGAGAUCUGCAGCAGCCCGCAGUGUAUGUGCCUGAGGCCGAUGAGGUUUUGCCGGCGACGCUGGACCUGGAUUCUCCCCUGACCGACUGGGCCCCCGUGUUGGCUUCUGUUGGUCUCCUGCUCAUCACCCUCCUCCUGCUGGUCUCUCUAGUGGCCGCCGUACUCCGAGUGUACCGCCUGGUCUGUCCGUGUACUCGUCGUCCUCAACAUCGUCUCCUCGAGUCUCCGGCUAGCUCACAAUAUGCCACUUCCAAACAGGGGUUGGUACAUUCUUGGUUGGGCCAGCAGACAUCUACUGGGCCUUUGCUCUACCCAGCUCCGCAGCCCGGACUCAUCGUCUACCCUCCCCCGCUCUUGAUGGAGGGAAGCGGGCUGUACACUGUGCCUCCAAGCUCAGUUGGCUACCCACAGUGCAUCAGUCCUCUGCAGCCCAACCCUUACACACAGAGACGGCGAUCUCCUCACCCUCACAGAGGCCGACAUUCUGUGACGCCCGAAGGUACAAAGAGGAACAGACGACCAGAGAAGUCAAGGCAGAAAGAGACUCUGAAGGAGAAGGAAAUCACGGAUGAACAGCUGGAGAAGACUUACACAGGUCUGGACCGAGAGAUAGCAGAAGAGUUUAUCUCCAUAGCCAUGACGAACCCUGAGAGUUCUCAUCGAGCACAGUUGAGGCCAAGUAGAGAGGAUAAAGUGAUUGACUGUAUAGCACCCAUGUAGCUGUAGCCUUGAGCUGUAGGUAAACACUAACAGAUGGGACAGUCAACAUUACAAAGCCUAUCCUUGGACAUGUUAAUAUUUUAAAAGAAUGUCAAGACUGGUGACUGGUUUUAAAUAAUCUAAAGUUUACAAAAAUAAAGUUAAAAUAUAGUCCAUGUUAUAAAACGGAUAGGCUCUGAGACGUAUAUUCUACAAAACACCUUUCAAUGAGUAAAUCACAAAAUUAAUUCACAAAAUCAAAUACAGCUGUUGUUUAAAAAUAAAUAAUAUAAUAAUUGAUUACCUUUUAUUCACUGGUGGAAAUAGAUUUUUCUUUAAUGUUACAUUUCAUUGUAAAAUUACUACCUAUGUAGAAAUUUGUGUAGUCUCCACCAAAAUACAAACACUAAAGUUUCAAUUUUAUUUAAGGUACAAUUUUUAACAAUAGGUUGUACUAAAAAAGAACCGUCACAGGUUUUACUGAAAUAAUUAUGUUAACAAUAUUAUUUCCGUUAAUAAACUAUGAAAUUUGAAGAAAUUUCUCUAGGUGGAUAGUUUUUAAUUUAUAUUCUUACUUAACUGGAAACAAUCGAGUUCUUGUAUAUUUCAGAGUACAUCUGUUUUAUUAACAACCAAUAAACCUGCUAUUCUGUUUAUGCUGCUUUUGGUUACUGUGUACCAAUGGAAAUUUUAUUAAAUGUCAGAAUAGAUUACAAAACACAAAUUAAUAAUCUAGCUCUCAAUAUUUCAAUUUCAAACAAUAAACUUACUUAACCUUACGUUUACCUUUCUUGCAUCAGAAUAUUUGCGAGAGCUACAUUAUUUCUGGUCACUAACCUUUAAACAUGACUGUCUCCUCUGUUUGUGUUACAAGGUUGAAUUUAUCGUUAUUGUAAAGACUGCUGCAAUUUUCUACGACAGAGAUCUACCUAUGUUGUAUUUUGAGAGAUGCUCAAAGUAAGCCUUUACACUUUCAUUAAGAGUUGGAAUGACUGAGAUGAAUCAUGCUCAAUUUAUUUGUUGAACCUGUUACGUAUAAGUAAUAUUACAACAUGUUACCUGUUACAUAUAAGUAAUAUUACAGCAUGAUAACUUAAAGGGCAUGACUAUACUUAUUAAUACUAACAAAAAAGAAUUCAGUAUUAUUCUACUAUCAUAGUGCAUACCUUUGUAAAACAACUGGUCCAUGUUUGGAUGUUGUAUAUUGUAUAUUGACUCACUGUACAUUGUAAAUAAACCAUUCUAAGAA